CCCCAGGGGUGGAACUAAUCCAAUAGUUUCCCUAUCAAUCUCGCUUCUUUUUUGACAUGUGGGUGUGUGGUAAUCGAACAAAGAUCGAGUUUCUCAGUUGUGUCGGAGGGUCCAAACACGAAAGAGAAGCAAAAUCCUGCUGGCACGUGAGCAGCGCCACGCCUCACCCACCACUGGGAAUUUGCAACCAUCCCCGGAGAUUGCCUCGCGUGGCAAAUCAUGGUAGAAAAAAAAAAGAACCUCAGAAACAACUGGCGAUUAUCGGUCAGUCACACCGUCGAUCCCUAUUGAUACAUGAUAGAGAUCAGGCCGGAUGCAGGAGUAGAUCCGCCUCAUCUGCGAGAUACCUUCAAAUCCUCCCCCAUUCACUCCCCCUACUGAUGAUCAGCAAUCACUCUGCCCCCUUGGCGAGUAUCCAUGGAUCCUCCCGCAAUCACACCAUCGUCCCCGCCGAUGGUUCCAUUGUUAUGGUGACAUGGAGUGAGAGAGAGCGAAAGAGUCGGACCGGAGGCUGAGAGAGAAAGCUCGACAGAGAGAGAGACAGAGGGAGAUCGGCUGCGAAGCCUGAUUCUGCCCGCAUUUCCUUUUUUUUUCUCCUUCUGAUUUUGCCUUUCUUUUUCUCCUGCUUUUUCUCCUUUCUAUCCUGAAAAAGGCACCAGGACUCGUUCAUUGCUGCAGUGGCCGGUCUCCACUUGUAGCCAAGUCGCUGUCUGGUCACCAUUACUUAUAUCCGCUCUUUUCCUCCUGUUUAAACUUCUUCCCUUCCCACUCUCUUCUUUCCUUGUCACUCUGGUCGCUU